CUACUGAAAGCGAAACUCAACUAGUUUAUCUUGUAGGAGAAAGAAAAAAAAAAGAAAAACAAGAAGAAAGAACACGAGUUCUCUUUUGUACCGUCGCAUCUCACAUUUUCGUUCCCAAAAUCCAUUGCGGUCUUUUCACAAACACCUUGUGUGCGCUUCACGACGGACGCAACCUCAAUCAAAUUCAAAGAGAUUCUGAUGACUCCUGAUUCUGAUCGUUGUUGUUGUUGAGGAUUGGUUUUGACCACGAUCAUCACCAACCAACCAACCAACGUUUGCCUGCAAUUUCUGGGUUCUUGAGCUGAGCUAGGAUUUUAUGGUCGAUAAUAAUAAGGACGAGUAUGCUCUCUUACCACGUGAUGAUGGAGCAUGGUUAACACUAUUCGCCUUUUAAGAUUUUCCUGCUCCUAAGUGUAAGAGGAGCAACCACCACACAUCGAUUUUUUGAUUCGGAACAUCUUCUGCGAUGGCUUCCCUUCAGCUGUUGAAACUAACUCAGCAUGGCCAGAGCUUUCUGGCUUCAAGGAGGAAAGCUUUACUACUUGCAUCUGGUAUCUUAGUUGCUGGUGGAACAGCUGCAUAUAUGCAAUCAAGGUUUAGAGCCAAUAAACAUGAUUUAUUUGGCCAAUGCAAUGGCCAACAUAGUGAUAAAGAAGUCACAGAGGACGAGGUUAUGAAAGAAACUACUCCGCCAAAAAAUAAACAAAAGAAAGGGGGAGCGAAGUCACUUCAAGUCCUUGCUGCAAUUCUUCUUUCUGAGAUGGGAAAAUUAGGUGCAAGGGAUCUUUUAGCUUUAAUUGGCAUAGUGGUGCUGCGAACUGCUUUGAGCAACCGGCUUGCUAAAGUGCAAGGCUUCCUAUUUCGUGCUGCUUUUCUUCGACGUGUACCAUUGUUUUUCCGGUUAAUUUCAGAAAAUAUUCUUUUGUGCUUCCUCUUAUCAACCAUUCAUUCUACAUCAAAGUUCAUAACAGGAACUUUGAGUCUGCAUUUCAGAAAAAUAUUGACAAAGCUUAUCCAUUCCCACUAUUUUGAGAACAUGGUAUACUACAAAAUAUCACAUGUGGAUGGUCGUAUUACUAACCCAGAGCAAAGACUUGCCAGUGAUGUGCCGAAGUUCUGUUCGGAAUUAAGUGAAAUUGUACAGGAUGAUCUAACAGCAGUGACUGAUGGAAUUCUAUAUACAUGGCGGCUGUGUUCUUAUGCUAGCCCAAAAUAUGUCUUCUGGAUAUUGGCCUAUGUACUCGGAGCUGGGACUGCGAUCAGAAACUUCUCUCCUUCGUUUGGCAAACUUAUGUCCAGAGAGCAGCAACUGGAAGGAGAGUAUCGACAGCUUCAGUCACGAUUAAGGACUCACUCAGAAAGUAUAGCAUUUUAUGGUGGAGAGAGGAGAGAAGAAUCUCAUAUUCAAGAGAAAUUUAAGGCAUUGGUUAGGCACAUGAAUAGAGUGCAACAUGACCAUUGGUGGUUUGGCAUGAUUCAGGACUUUUUAUUGAAGUACCUUGGUGCAACUGUUGCUGUUAUUUUGAUCAUUGAACCGUUCUUUUCUGGACAUUUAAGGCCCGACAGUUCAACUUUAGGGCGUGCAGAGAUGUUAAGCAAUCUAAGAUAUCAUACCAGUGUUAUAAUUUCCUUAUUUCAGUCUCUGGGAACUCUUUCUAUCAGUGCAAGACGGCUCAAUCGUCUCAGUGGGUAUGCUGAUCGUAUUUAUGAGUUAAUGUCUGUAUCAAGGGAGCUACACUUGGUGGAUGAGAAAUCUUCACUGCAAAGACAAGGGAGUAGAAAUUGCAUAAGUGAAGCUAACUACAUUGAAUUUUCUGGUGUCAAGGUUGUGACCCCCACUGGUAACGUCUUGGUGGAUGAUCUGACCCUCAGGGUUGAGCCAGGAUCCAAUCUUUUGAUUACAGGUCCAAAUGGCAGUGGAAAGAGCUCUCUUUUCAGGGUUUUAGGCGGUCUUUGGCCAAUGAUAUCUGGACAUAUCGUGAAACCUGGCAUUGGUUCUGAUCUUAAUAAGGAAAUUUUCUAUGUGCCACAACGACCAUACACAGCUGUAGGAACACUUCGUGAUCAGCUAAUUUAUCCUCUUACUGCAGAUCAAGAGGUUGAACCACUCUCAGAUUGGGGGAUGGUGGAGCUAUUGAAAAAUGUUGACCUUGAAUACUUGUUGGAUCGUUACCCGGCUGAAAAAGAGGUAAACUGGGGUGAUGAACUUUCAUUGGGCGAGCAACAGAGACUGGGCAUGGCUAGACUUUUCUACCAUAAGCCUAAAUUUGCAAUUCUUGAUGAGUGCACAAGUGCUGUCACUACGGAUAUGGAAGAACGAUUUUGUGCUAAAGUUCGAGCUAUGGGAACAUCAUGCAUUACCAUAUCACAUCGUCCAGCGUUGGUUGCCUUCCAUGAUGUGGUUUUGUCCUUGGAUGGUGAAGGUGGAUGGAGUGUACAUUAUAGAAGGGAGGACUCUUCUACUGAAAUGGGGAUUGAUACAAUGAAGGAAACAGAAACCAAACGACAGAGUGAUGCAAAAACUGUUCAACGAGCAUUUGCCAUGAUCAAUAAGGAUUCUGCAUUCUCAAGUUCAAAGGCACCGUCGUAUAUUGCAGAGGUGAUAUCUUCAUCUCCAUCUAUGAGUCAUACAAUAUCACCAUCUGCUGUUCCCCAACUCCGUGGUAAUACUAGGGCAUUACCGCUGAGAGUAGCUGCCAUGUGUAAAGUAUUGGUACCCACUGUACUUGAUAAACAAGGUGCACGACUAUUUGCUGUUGCUAUUCUUGUUGUUUCUAGAACAUGGGUCUCAGAUCGUAUUGCAUCGCUGAAUGGUACUACUGUGAAGUUUGUUUUAGAGCAGGAUAAAGCUUCCUUUAUUCGGUUAAUUGGUUUAAGUAUUCUUCAAAGUGGUGCAUCUUCUUUCAUUGCACCUUCUAUAAGACACUUGACAGCCAAGCUGGCCCUAGGGUGGCGGAUUCGUUUGACACAACAUCUACUCAAUAACUACUUGAGACACAAUGCAUUCUACAAGGUCUUCCACAUGGCAAGCAAAAAUAUUGAUGCAGAUCAGAGGAUAACUCAAGAUUUGGAGAAGUUAACAGCAGACUUGUCUGGAUUGGUUACUGGAUUAGUAAAGCCAUCUGUGGAUAUUUUAUGGUUCACAUGGAGAAUGAAGCUUUUAACUGGUCAGAGAGGAGUUGCUAUACUCUAUGCUUACAUGUUACUUGGCCUGGGAUUUUUAAGAACUGUUACGCCGAAUUUUGGUGAUUUGAUUAGCCAAGAACAACAGCUUGAAGGAACCUUUAGGUUUAUGCAUGAAAGACUUUGUGCUCAUGCUGAAUCUGUUGCUUUCUUUGGAGGUGGUGCUCGAGAAAAAGCUAUGGUUGAAUCAAGGUUCAGAGAGCUUCUGACCCAUUCCAAGUACCUUCUAAAAAAGAAGUGGUUGUUUGGUAUACUCGACGAUUUUAUCACUAAGCAACUCCCUCAUAAUGUGACUUGGUUGCUUAGCUUGUUGUAUGCUAUGGAACAUAAGGGAGACCGUGCCUCAAUAAGUACUCAGGGUGAGCUGGCACAUGCAUUGAGGUUCUUAGCAUCUGUUGUUUCUCAAAGCUUUUUAGCUUUUGGUGACAUUCUUGAGUUGAAUAGGAAGCUUGUAGAGCUUUCGGGUGGCAUUAAUCGUAUUUUUGAACUUGAAGAGUUCCUGGAUGCAGCACAAUCUGAGAACUUAAUCAACGGUGGUGCUGUACAUCCAGUGAGGGACAAUCAUUCUAAAGAUGUUAUUUCAUUUUCUAAGGUUGAUAUUGUAACUCCUACCCAGAAGAUGUUGGCCAGAGAGUUGACUUGUGAUGUUGAGCUUGGGGGAAGCCUGCUUGUUACUGGUCCAAAUGGAAGUGGAAAAAGUUCAAUUUUCAGGGUUCUUAGAGGACUCUGGCCCAUUGCUUCUGGAAGACUCUACCGACCAUCUGAAGAUAUGGAUCAAGAGGCUGGAUCAGGUUGUGGCAUCUUCUAUGUUCCUCAGCGGCCAUAUACAUGCUUGGGAACCCUGCGGGAUCAAAUUAUAUAUCCCCUGUCCCGUGAGGAAGCAGAGUUUAAAGCAUUGAAGUUGUACGGAAAAGGUGAAAAACAUCCUGUUACUGGAAAUUUGUUGGACAUGCAUUUGGAAGUUAUCCUAGCGAAUGUUCGGUUGAAUUAUCUUCUAGAAAGAGACGCAAGUGGCUGGGAUGCAAAGCUAAAUUGGGAAGACAUUCUAUCACUUGGAGAACAACAGAGGCUAGGCAUGGCGCGCUUGUUCUUCCAUAAGCCUAAAGUUGGUAUCCUCGACGAGUGUACCAAUGCAACUAGUGUGGAUGUUGAAGAGCACCUAUAUGGACUUGCGAAGCAAAUGGGAAUCACAUUUGUUACUUCGUCACAACGUCCUGCACUAAUACCAUUCCAUUCCACGGAGUUACGGCUGAUCGAUGGCGAGGGUAAUUGGGAACUUCGUCAGAUCAAGCAAUGAUUUUCGUAAGGUAGAACUGCCAGCAGACUCCCAUUUGUUACUAUAUGAGAUAUGAGAUGUGCCGAGCCGUGAAGAUAUUGUAGCAGAUUGCAAAGUUGAAAUUAGGGUUGCCAAUGAUGGUAUUCCUAUUAUCUUUCAUUUUGGGUUUUACCAUAUUCCCCAAGCUUCAAUUACUGCUCCAUAGACUUCUGGGGACAAACAAACCGAAACAGCAUAACGGCCAAAAUAGUUGGUAGUGAGUUAGAACAUCUUUGUCACGAUCUUGGCAGUGUAUGAAGAUCAAUCAUGUACAGGUCAUUUUUUAGGUGGUUAAUAUUCAUUCAUAUUUAUAACCAUUGAAUGUAAUAAAACGGCUUGAAUCAAGAGUUGUUCCUGGAGAUAUUAUCUUCGCCUGAACUAUUCCAUCGUCCAUGUAUUUUUGUAAGCUUGAGUUUCUUUCUUUA